GUAGAAAAAAAAAAAAACAGGAAGAGAAGAUAGAGCAGCGCGCACUCUGACACCUCUUCAACUCUCCGGCUGUCAAAGUUCUCGGUCUGUCCCCGGCAGAAGGUUCCCUCUCAUGGGCAAAGUGAAGGGCAAGCCCGGGCCCUUGGCUCGGAGGCCGGAUAACUCUGCUUUCAAACAGCAGAGGCUGCCUGCCUGGUCCCCCAUGCUAACUGCUAACACUGUGCUGCCAUUCUUCUACUUCAUGGCUCUGAUAUGUAUGCUGCUGGGAGUGUGGCUGCUCCUCACAGUGCAGAGCACACGGGAAGUAAAGCUGGACUACACGGAGGCCGGGACGUGUAAUGUAUGUUUUGAAAAACGUAAAAAUGUGAGCAACGCCGACCAACCAUGCAACUGCACCGUGGAGUUCUCUAUUGAGAAAGCGUUCAAGGGAGAUGUCUUCUUCUACUACGGCCUCCGCAACUUCCAUCAGAACCUGCGCAGGUACAUGGACUCAAGAGAUGACGGACAGAUGGUUGGCAGGAAGAAUAAGUUAAAGAAUCCCAGCACAUACUGUCAACCGUUUGACAAAGACGGUGCAGGACGCCCCAUCGCCCCCUGUGGUGCUGUGGCCAACAGUAUGUUCAACGACUCCUUCAGUCUGAAAUAUCAUGGCCCCACUGGUCCUUCAGUUACCGUUCCGUUGUAUAGGAAGGGCAUCACCUGGUACACGGACAAAAAUGUCAAGUACCGCAACCCGAGGACGGAGAACCUGACGCUGGCUCAAGAGUUCAAAGGUAUAGCAAAGCCUCCGUACUGGAAGGACCCUGUGUACCAGCUCGAUGAACACGACCCGACCAACAACGGCUUCAUCAAUGACGACCUGAUCGUGUGGAUGAGAGAGGCAGCCUUCCCCAACUUCAGGAAGCUUUAUGGGGUUUUAUACAGAGCAGACAAGCCCUUUACUAAGGGUCUACCAGUGGGAAACUACAGCAUCAAGAUAUCCUACAACUUCCCCGUGCAGUACUUCCGAGGCAGAAAGGAAGUGAUGCUGACCACGCUGACCUGGUUUGGAGGUCAGAACCACUUCCUGCCCAUCGCUUACCUCGUAACCAGCAGCCUGAGCUUCCUGUUGGCUGUCGUCCUCACCGUGGUCUGGUGGAAGUUUGGGAAGGACGGGAAGAACAUGGAGGAGUGACGGGUAACAAUGUGGUCACGGAUGGUGGGAAUCUCACUAGCAGCCGUGCUAUUCGACCACGUUUCAAAGAGAAAACAAUCUGAAAUGUCAAGAAUAUGAUUCUUAAUAUCAGGGAGGGAGCGAUGUAUUGAAUAUCAGCACUGCUGUGAUUCAGUCCUAAGAUAAUCACAGCAGUGCUGAUAUAUCCAGAACAACAUCUCGACCUCGAGUGUGAUAUUACUUCAUACAACCGUACGAGCAGAAAAAAGUCCUAAAAAGUAAAAAAAUUGACAACAGAUUAUUUUUAACUUCACCAACUCAACAUGUUCAACGGCUGUUGUCCAUCAACCCGAAACAUUCUUUUCUACUGCUACUCUGCUCGUAUCCAUGGUUACCACAGAGCAGCUACUUUGUAGUGCGAACCUUUACUUGUAUGCAUGUCAAAAGAAAUUAAUUUGAUCAUGAAAGCAGUGGAAUCAGAGUCUGUUGUGUGAUUCUGAGGUUUAUGAUUAAAGACAAAACAAUGUCAGCUGUAAAAGUCAGUAAAAAGCAUCCUGGCUUAGGAGGAGUGAUACAUACUGUGAAAAGUCCCUGUCCUAGUCCAAGCCUCUUGUCCAAUCAGAUCGCUUGAUCAGAACUAACUGUUGUAUAAAUGAAAAUGAAGUUUAAGGAGAGUGGCAUAAAAAAAGAAAUGUUCAUUUGUUUGUAUUUCACAUCUAGAAAUGUACUUUCUCAACUAAAUACCUUUAUGUGUGAUGAUGUGUCUGUGAACGCUGCGUUGUGUUUGAACAUGCUUUGAGCCGAGUGUUUUUUUAAUUUCAUUGAUGAACCCUCCCAUUAAUACUUUUAUAAUUAACAUAUUUAUU